CACAAGCACAUUCUGGUCAAAACCACCAAUGAUCUCAUUUGCAUUUCUGACAGAGGUACAAACAGGAUAAACUGACCGAAGUGCUGGAGCUUCGCCUCAAACCUCAACCACACUAUGCUGACCACCGGGAGGCCAUAAUGACGGGGAAGUGGUAGAUGCUGUAUGUGUGUGUGGGUUUGAAAGUGAGAGAGUGUUCUUUUUGUGAAUAUGCAUGUGCAUGCAUGCUUCUGGGUGUGUGUUCUCUCUAUCCUUCUGCCCUUCCUGCAUGCCUCUCACUGCCUCUGUUUGGACUGGAACUUUGCAGAAGGAGCUGCGAAUCAACAGGUGCUAGUAGAAUCAUGGCCCCAAAUCUCAACAUGCUGAUACUGCUAUUGGCCGUCACCACGGUAACGGUUCUGGCCCAGAAGCGGCGCCCGGCAUCAAAGCCGAAAGUCACCAUGGACGAGUGGAACUUCAGGGAUGGCUCUGAUAAGGUGAACAUGCGCGGCAUUGCUAACCUGACUCAGAUCCUUGACGAUUGGAGGUUCGAUAUCCUGAGCCAGAUGAGAGGACUCCUGCAGAACGACCACCAGUCUGUGCUGCCCGACUAUGCCAGGUACGAGAAUGUGUUAUAUUAUAUAAUUUAUUUCUCUUUAGAUGUAGUUUUGGUAGAACUAUUUGUAUUUCCUAUAAAGUUUCUGCGUAUACGUUUAACUUACAUGAACGGAUUUUCCUUUGACGGAUGGGUAGGAUUUCUUAGUUUUGGUAAGCAAACACAACUUUUAACCUUCUACCUCCCUCUCUCAACAACAGCAGAAGCCAAGCCUUCCCAUUAGGUUUCGGGUACCCCA